AGUGCUGCCUCCGAACAACAUUUGUCAAUUGUCAAAUUGAAAAUACCCAUUAGAACCGCAGCAUGGACGCAAGUUAACAAGUCGCAUCUAUUGCCGGUAUUCAAUUGUUGUGUGUUUAAAGAAAUACAUAGGCAACGUACGGGACUGUUACACUUCAAAUUGCUCCUAAACAAUGGGUUCCUACUUGUCUGAACCGGUGUGCGAUAAAAUAUCCAGCGACGAGGCCAACGAUAGAGUAAAAUGUGGCUCCAGUUCUAUGCAGGGCUGGCGGGUCACUCAAGAGGAUGCUCACAACUGUAUACUUGAAUUCGACAAUAACUGUUCGUUCUUUUCGGUGUACGACGGGCAUGGGGGCCACGAGGUGGCCCAGUACUGUGCGCAAAAAUUGCCCGACUUCAUAAAAUCGUUGGAUGCCUAUAAGGAGGGCAACAUAGAAAAGGCACUUGUUGAUGGAUUUCUGGGAUUCGAUGCCACAAUCGCAACAAAGGAAGUUAUCGCCGUUUUGAAGGAAUUAGCAGGCGAAAAAGAUCAAGACGAUGACGAUGAGGAGAACGUGAACAAUUUAUAUGAAGAGGCGACCAUGCCCAUAGAAAAGGUUAUCGAAAAAUACACCAACCUGUCAAAUCCGCUGUUACGAAACGUUAAAAAGAGCGAGGGCGAUAAAUUCCUUAAAUCGCCCCUGUUGAGGGCCAAAAGGGAGGACGACUGCGGCAGUUCCUCUGAUGCCGGGGCGUCGGGAAGUGGCUGCGGCAGCAGCAACAGCCACGCCGCGUCCGCCGAAGACGUUAGCAGCAGUUGCGGAGACUCUAGCGAGGCCAAAUCCUCAGACAAUCAAUCAGCGGAAAAAAAACCUGAAACGAACGGUUCCUCCUGCCCCGACAUAGUAGUCACGGCCCCGACUACUUCAGAUUCGAGCGAGGCCGCCGCUCCGGAAACGGAGGGCGAAUCGAGCAAGACGGAGGUGCACACGAACGGCGAUAUAGGAGAUUCACACGGGGACAGCGUGACAACGCCGCCUAACGGGGAAGACGUCGUAUCUAAAAAAGGUAAGGGUAAAGCGUUAGCCAAAAAGUCUCUUAAGUCACCGAAAAUGAACACGAGACCGAAAAGAAAUGCAAAUCAGUUGUAUAAGAAACUGCUGGACUUGGCCGACAGUGAUGAUGAAUCAGAAGAUGAGGAAGAUAAAACGUUCGAAGGACCGAAUGAUGUCAGCGAUGAUGACGAAGAAGACGGGGUCAACGCAUCGCUCGAGAACGACUCUGACUGCUCAUCAGGCGAAGAAUGCGAAGAGGAAGAAGAUGAUGAUGAGGAGGACGAUGAUGAGGAUGAGGAAGAUUAUCAGUUCGUGAAGAACAUGAAAGAAGAACCUGGCUCAGACAGUGGCUGCACCGCCGUCGUAGCUUUACUAAAAGGCAACGAACUCUACGUUGCUAAUGCCGGAGAUUCACGAUGUGUUGUGUGCAGAAAUGGAAAGGCGGUGGAAAUGAGCUUUGACCACAAGCCAGAGGAUGAACCCGAACGGGAACGAGUUCUGAAGGCCGGUGGCAAAGUGACGGCUGACGGACGUGUCAACGGAGGCCUGAACCUGUCACGCGCUAUCGGUGACCACGCCUACAAGCAGAAUAAGGAACUAAGCGAUAGGGAGCAGAUGAUUACUGCCCUGCCGGACGUGAAGAGGCUCACCAUCAGCCCCGGCGAGGACGAGUUCAUGGUCUUGGCCUGCGACGGGAUUUGGAAUUACAUGUCCAGUCAAGAGGUAGUCGACUUUGUCAAGCCGAAGUUGGAGGGCGCAGAGAAAAUCAGCUCAAUUUGCGAAAUGAUGUUCGACCAUUGUCUGGCUCCAAACACGAUGGGCGACGGCACUGGUUGUGAUAAUAUGACCGCCAUCAUAGUUCAGUUUAAACCAAGCAUCCUUAAGCGUGCGGCCAGCCCCACGUUGGAGGUUGUCGAUACCGUUGAAGCCAAGAGGCAGAAGACUGAAGAGGCCGACAGUCAGAGCAGUUCCGCGUAAACCCGGACCACCGACACUAUUUGUUAUAUCGUUUCGGGUCUAUUAAAUCAUGUAUAGACUGACUAUAUUUGUGUGUUGAAAUGUGCGCGCGAGCCUAAAUUGUGGUUGAGGCAAUUCCAAGUUCCGUUGGUUGGAUGGUGAAUUAAUAACUUUGUAUAUACUGUUUUGUCUUCUUCAAUAGUUAACAAUUUUCAAGUCUAAUUUAUUAUGUAGUUUUUAAUUUAAUUUUUAACAAUUUUAACUUCAUAUUACACAUAUCCUAUAUGGGCUUUUAUCACAUUUUAUACAUUAUUUAGAUUCAAAUAGAAAGGAGCAGCGCCAUCCAGCAAUCAAUUGAAGAAAAUUAGUUUGGGUUUCGUCUGCGGUUCAUGCUAAAGACUAUAAACCGCAAAAUGAAAUAUUUUUAUACUUUAAUUAACAUAGAAUAUGUACAAGUUUUUUGAAUGAGCGACGAUCAGUUUUACCUAUUAGUUUCUGUUUCAAUCACACCAUGGUGAGAGGUGCCUUCAGUUUUUGUUUAGACUGUGGUGUUUUUGUAAAUUUUGUGUAUUUUCCAAUUAUUAUUUUGUAUUUUGUUAAUAUUUUUGUUAUUUUUUGUUUUGUAUUUUGAUUUAAAAACUACUUGUCGAUAAUUCCAAACGAUGUUCCCUUUUACUUCUGUUUAAAUUUUAUUUAAUAUAAUUAACAAAUGUCAGGCCAUUCAUAUUAGUACUGUUUAAAUAAAUGUUUAAUAAAAUAUUUAUAGAAUUUUAAUAAGACUAGGCCACAAGAUAAAAAUAUUUUUAUACAUUAAAGUUUAAUACCAUUUUAUUCUGUUGACUGAUUUGUCUGGUUACAAAUAUGCUUCAGUUUGAGUCAGCAUGGUGAAAGGUGCCUUCAAUUUUACUGUGGUGUUCUUGUUAAUUGCACAUUUUCUAAUUAUUUUUUUGAUUAGUUUUAUAUUUUACUGAAGUUAGUUAUUUUUUUCCAGAACAUCGUAUUUUUUAUUCCGUUUAUGUUGAAAUAUUUAUUAAUAAGCCAAAAAUUGUAACAGUUUAUUUUAGUGAUGAUUACUGUUAAAAGAAUAAAUCUGUAAUAAAGUAUUGAUAGAUUUUUAA